AUGGACCAUUCAGUUUCGAAAAGACAAUUUGCAUGCCAACAUCCAGGCUGCAAUGCAACCUACCGACGCAAAGAGCAUCUGAGUCGCCACGAGGCGCAACACAACCAGCGGCAGCCAUUCCAUUGUUCAAUCUGCGGUCAUGAUUUCGGACGGAGUGACACUCUUCGUCGGCAUGUGCGACGGAACCACAAAAUCAACGAGCCCAUACGUCGCGUACGGCAAGCCUGUGCAAACUGCCGGGGCAUGAAGUCUCGAUGUGAAGGAGGGGCCCCAUGUAGCGAGUGCCUACGCCGCAAGAUCUUUUGCUCUCUUAUGAACCAGGAUGAGGUGGCCGGCGCUGAAUCUUCGGAUAAGUGGAUACAUCGAACGCCGACUCUGCCGCCCAAUAGUUCAUUUUCCUCCCAACUACAUUGCAAUGAGAAAGAACGCCAGGCCCUUCAAUUGUAUUUUGAGUUAUUCCAUCCCCAUUGGCCAUUUAUCCACCAAGGAUCGUUCAAUGUACUCAGUGAAACCCCUCUCCUGUUGCAAGCAAUGGUUGCCAUUGGCCUCUGGGUUAGUGGGGAACAGAGCGCGCAGUCCGUAGCAAUCGACCUCCAUAAAAUGCUGAAUGUAGCCAUACUUCAACAGAAGGAUAGAUGGGACGCUUCGGUCGCAGAAAAUGCAUGCAGCUCGUGUACUUGGCGGAUCCCCACAUAUCAGGCCAUCCUACUGCACAUAAUUUUUUCUAUGAUACACAAAGGUGACGUCCACGUUGGUUUGGAUCUGAGGCCUACUCUCCCGUCUGCGGACACCGAUCUCCUCGAGUCUCUCGUCCUGAGUUGCAAAAGGCUAGGCAUGUUUUAUUACCCAAACAUGCUUGCGCGAUUUCAAGAAGAUGAACUGCCAUCAUAUGUUUGGGUAAGUAUUGAGGAAGUAAAACGGUUUGAUCUCGCCCUAUACAAAGUUUGGAAGACCCUGGGCAACCGUGUCAACCGGAAGAGAGGUGCCACUGGUGUCGCAAGUCAGGGACUCGAAGCAGCCGAGCUGCAGUUUCCUUUACCGAAGAAUGAUCCUCUGUGGAACGCUAUAACCAAGCAUGAAUGGCUCGCUGCUAUCACAGAGGAUGUGGAAUAUAACAAGCUACGUGACACCAGAGAAGACGAAUGGAUUUCCAAGUCUGCAGAGCCUUUGCGGGCGGUCGAGUAUCAGCAUUUUACAGAGUGA